AUAUGGUGGAUUCGUUGCUUCCGACAUUCUAAAAGACCGGCGUCAUUUCCCCUUCUACAUCCCCACUAUUUCCCACUACAUCGGAGUAUCGGACAUCCUAUUGCACCUACAUGAAACGCGGUGUCGAGUACGGCGAAUUUGAAGUGCUCUAAAAUUAUCCACAUACGUAAGAAUAACAUCGUCAGACGGCUGGCCGCACGAGUUAAACGCACUCAUUUGUGGCCCUGCUUUCCUCGCAGCCGAUUUUGUUUCUCACAACACCAACUGAACGAAGUUUUUACUCGAGGGCGAUCGGCGUAGCUAUUAUCGCCCGAACAUGUACACACGGAGCAGAGGGCAAAACCAGAGCUACGGUAACGGACGGAAUUCAAACAAUUCCCAAAGCCAAGGAUCUUACACAAUGCCUUAUAAUACACAAGGAAGUUACCAAGCAUCGCAAUCUACGUCCAAUCAACAAAGCAAUUUUAAACAAGACAACGUACAAAACUCACAAGGAUUCAAAUCACAGCAGCAACAGCAGCAACAACAACAACAACAAGGGACGCAAAUGUCACCAGCUGCAUCAGCACGGGCUGUACCAACUGUAGCACCUACGCAACAACUAAAGCAACUUCAAAAGCCUCAACAACAAUUACAGCAGCAACAAGGACAGCAACAAAAGUUACAGCAGCAGCAGCAACAAUCGUCGCCGCAGCAGCAAAUAAAUCAACAAGCUGUGCAACAACAGCUACAGCAGCAGUCACAGCAGCAACAACAGGCAGUAAAUGCACCUCCAUUGCCGCCACGAUUGAAGCCGAUCUUAAAGCAGAGUACAGCAAGUGCACAGUCGGUUAUUGCACAAACUCCUCCUGUGGCUCCUCAAAUUUCUUCUGUGCCUCCUACAAUAUUUGCUCCAAGUUCAUCCAAUAAUAAUUCUGAUUCGGAUAAUAAUGUAAAGCUUGAGAACAUGGAUGUUGAAGGGCAAGACGGCCAACCGAGAUGGCGCAGAAAGCUACCUGGAUUUAAAGUAAAUAAAAGAUUAAAGCGUCUUCGUAUGAACCAACGUCUAAGGAAAACUUUACAACCCAAAAAUGCAAUCAUGGUACUAAAUGAAAUGAAAGCUGGAGUCCAAUUCACAUUCCCUGAAACACAAGGACCUAUGCCGAACUCACUUUAUCUCGUUAAUGCUGAAGUAAUUAUUUUAUUGCUUUAA